AUGACAAGCCAGAACAAGCCGUACUCGGGCAAGAACCCGGUGCCGACGAUCACGACGAAGCUCACUGCGCUGGUGAGCCCUGAGAAGGCGACCGAGGCAAAGGCGCAGCAGCUGCAGGAUCAGAGUGCAAAGAGGGAGGAGGUACAGACGGAGAAGACGGCAAGCAAGCUCGCGAAGGGUCGGGAGAUGCACGUCACAGACCCCACCACAGGCGAGGAGCUCGACAUCCGGAACGCCGAGGAGGAAGUGAAGACGGACUCGAAGGGGAAAAAUGUGCUGCGGCAGCGGUUUCCACCUCCAGACUGGAAGCAACACCACGAACGCGUCCUCGCUCUCACCAACACCGCGAUCCUGCAACUUUGCGCCGCGUUCGCCCUCUCAUUCCUCCUCUCCCUAUUCUUCACGCGUCUCGUGCCCCGCCUCACGGCCGUGCUCCCCGGUGCACUCUUCGCUUAUGCCGUGCUCUUCCGUGCGGACCGUGUCGCUACGCGCGAGUGGGCACAACGCGUUUGGCACGCAGAGCGCCUGCGCGGCCUGCGCGCGGGCGACGACCUAGACGGCGACGGCACGGUCGAGGAUGAGGAGCGCACGCGCGAGAGCGCGGAAUGGGCGAAUGCGUUUCUCCGGGGCCUGUGGCCAGUCAUCAACACGGAUAUGUUCACGUCUUUGGUGGAUAUGCUGGAGGACAUCAUGCAAUCGUCGGUUCCGACCUUCAUUCACUCGGUGCGAGUCGCGGACAUUGGACUAGGCUCAAAUGCGGGUCGCAUCACGUCAAUACGCUCGCUACCAGACGUACGAUUGCAUAAGAACGAAGAUGACGGGGGAGACGGCCUAGCUGGGCUGGGGAUCAACUCGGACGCUGUCGGCGCGGACGACAAGGACGCUUUGGACGGUGAUCAUGUCAACCUUGAGGUUUCGUUCGCCUAUCAGAGCUUGCCAAGUGGUCAGACUGCGCAGAGCAAGGCGCAAAACGUCCAUCUUUUUGUCGAGUUCUUCCUCGGUCUCAAGAACAUCUAUGGCUUCCGAGUUCCCGUGUGGGUGGAGGUCACCGGAGUCGUUGGCACGGCUCGUGUCCGUCUCCAACUCAUUCCAGAUCCUCCAUUUGUUAAGACCACCCUUGUGACGCUUAUGGGACUGCCACGCAUCACCAUCACCGUUGUACCCAUGAGCAGGAUACUGCCGAAUAUCAUGGACCUACCGUUCAUCUCCGGCUUCAUCUCCAGCGCACUCGAUACGGCCGCUGCAGAAUACGUCGCACCGAGGAGUCUGACGCUGGAUCUCCAGCGAUUGAUCAGUGGUGAUGAUAUCAAGAAGGACACUGAGGCUGUCGGAGUUCUCAUCGUGCACAUUCACCGUGCGACUGGAGUCAAGGCGAUGGAUACCACAGGCAGCUCGGCAGAUCCCUAUGUCACGCUCACGUUCUCGCGGCUUGAAAAGCCGCUUUACUCGACGCGGAUCAUCAAGGGCGACUGCAACCCUGUGUUUGAGGAGACCGCAGUGCUCAUUGUCGACCUCAACACUGUCAAGCUCCGCGAGAAGCUUAGCUUCCAGCUGUGGGACUCGGAUCGGAUGAGUGUGGACGACAUGAUGGGAUUCGCGGAAGUCGAUAUCGUCGACCUCAUUUGUCAUCGCGGGGAGCCCGUCCGACGCAGCUCGCCACUCUCGAGCCCCGACUCGCGCGACCGUCCCGGGCAGCUCGAAUACACUAUUGGAUACUAUGGCACAAUCCAUCCGAACCCAGAGCUAAAAACGCAUGGUUCAGACCCGGGAAUUCCUGAAGACCUCCGUGAGCUCCCCGGGUUCAAGGAUGCACGAGCAGUCUCUCUCAAUGACCUUGAGGCGGCUGUGCUAGUGACACCUCCGGAUCCGGGGUGGCCUUCUGGCUUGAUCAGCAUUCAGGUGCACGAGAUCAAAGACCUGACUGUGAAGAUGGUGGGCAAAGGUCACAACACCGGAAGGGGGCAGGAGGGCGAGAAGGGACAAGAUGACGCCGGACAGACAUCGGAGGAGGGCGAGGGGCUGCCGUCAUCGUACUGCACGAUAUCGCUGAAUGACGAGCUCGUCUAUGAGACGCGCGUCAAGCCUAUCACCAGCACCCCCAUGUUCAACGCUGGCACGGAGAGGUUCGUGAGGGAUUGGCGGGCGGCGCACGUCACGGUUAUGGUGAAGGACUCCCGGAUGCGGGAGAACGAUGCGGUCCUCGGCACCGUCUUCCUCAAGCUCUCCGACCUCUUCGUCAACGCGUCCCAGAUCACCCGCUGCUACCCCCUCGAGAACGGCCUCGGCAGCGGCCGGAUCCGCAUUUCCCUCCUUUUCCGCCCUCUCGAGAUUCACGACAUCUCUGCCCGCUCCUCCUCACUCGAUCUCUCCGACUGCGAGGUCAGCACGAAAAUCACCACAGCCAACGCUGCGGACAAGAUCUCGCGCAAGGCGGCUGAAAAGCAGGGGGCGGCCAUCGUCUGGACACCCGAGCACCCAACCUCCUUGCCCUCGGCGACGCGGCGCGCCUUCGCGGUCGUCUGGCUGCGCGACCUCGUCGACCGCUCUCGUGGACUGGUCCCGGCAGCGCUCUGGCGCGCGCGCGACGGCGAUUACUCGCGCCUGAAGUUCAACUACGUCCCGCCCGACGGCGACCUGGGCGCGUGGGACGGGGAUCGGGAGAACUUGGAGCGCGUGGGUGACGUCGAGGUCGAUCUGGCGUUCUGGCCCGGGCUCGCGCAGGAGCAUUACAGCGUGCUGGGCGGCGGCGCGGCGCGAGGAAGCGCGGCUCCUGGGACGAGUGGGGAAGCCGGAAGUCAGGGAACCAGAGGGGGGUUGCGCGCGAGGGUGAAGAGGGGAAGGGUCAAUACCACCGUCUCCCCAGAAGCCGUCGAGGUCAUCGAGUCCCCCGAUGGCAGCCCCGAACCAGGCAACGACGACCACGACGGGAUAGCGAAUCCGCGGAAGCGGGGAGAAGACGGGCGUCGUCGGGAAGGUAAAGCAUGGCGGAAGCACGAGAAGGAGCUGCACCGCGACCACCGGGGGCUGAUGCAGGCGAAGCCGGUGCGCACGGCGGAAUGGAUCAUCGACAGCGUCGAGGACGGCGCGCAUGCGAUCAAGGACCGGUUCAAGAUGAAGUCGCGCGAGCCCGACGUCGAGACGGAAGUGUAA